AUGGAGAUGAACAGCGAGAUCAAACCUCUUCCCGUCACCCUUCUUUCAGGGUUCUUGGGAAGCGGCAAAACCACGCUUCUUGAGCAUAUACUCAAAUCUCCCGAUCAUGGCCUCAAGAUUGCCGUAAUUGUCAACGAUAUGGCUUCUCUCAACAUCGACGCUGCCCUUAUUUCAAACCACAAAGUCUCCCAGACUCGGGAAAAGCUGAUCCAGCUACAAAACGGGUGCAUAUGCUGCACUCUUCGAGGUGACCUACUCGGUGAACUUGCUCGUCUGGCUCGCUCACCAGGUAUGGUGGACUACGUCGUUAUUGAAAGCACGGGAAUUAGUGAGCCUAUGCAAGUUGCAGAAACGUUUACUGCAGAGUUCACUGCGGCCAUGAUGGAGCUUGAUCCCGAGGAGCUGGAUAGCACUGGGCAGGAAGAAAGGAGGAUUCUGGAGGAAGUGGCGGAACUAGGUGGUCUACAAAAACUUGCGAAACUGGAUACAACCGUCACCGUCAUUGAUGCUUUUAAUCUCUUCUCCAACUUCCAUACCGCCGAGUUCUUAUCUGACCGUUACGGAUCCGAUGAGAUUGCAGCCGAAGAUGAAAGGACCAUCUCGGACUUGAUGGUUGAUCAGAUUGAGUUUGCCGAUGUAAUCAUUGUGAACAAGAUCGAUAGCGUGGAUGAGAAAGUCCGUGAACGAAUUCGGGAACUUGUCAAAUCACUCAAUCCAGAUGCCAAAGUCAUCGAGACGAGUUAUUCAAAAGUGAAUGUCGCGGAUAUUGUGCAGACUGGUAAAUUUGAUUUUGUCAAGGCGGCUUCUGGGGCUGGAUGGUUGAGAAGUCUGCAUGAGAUGACGAUGAUGAAUGUGGCAGAUGGAAAGAAGAAACUUGCACCAAAGCCGGAGACUCUUGAGUACGGCAUCAACAAUUUUGUUUACUCGGCGAGACGACCUUUCCACCCUCGUCGACUCUUUGCCCUCCUCCAUGACAAGUUCAUUUUACUCCAGGGCCGCGAAAACGAGACACCCGAAGACGUUAACGAUGAGGAUGGCGAUGGCGACCAGGAGAUGAACGAAGCAGAAGAAGAUGAUAAGGGAUCGGUAAUUGCCGAUUUCGAUCAGCUCGAACCAUCUGUGAUUCUAGAAAACAAAAAAGUGCACCCAGCUUUUGGUCCCGUACUCCGGUCCAAGGGAUUCUUCUGGCUUGCAACUCGAAGUCUACAGUUUGGUGAAUGGAGCCAAGCCGGUGGUAUCCUGACCGUUAGCUGCGGCGGAGUUUGGUUCUGCGAGCUUCCCCGUGAGAUAUGGCCCGAUGAUAAGGAUAUUAUCCAGUCAAUUGAGCGAGACUUUGCUGGUCAGUGGGGAGAUCGUAGACAGGAAAUCGUCUUUAUCGGAGAAGGAAUUGAUGCUCAUCAGAUCUCAGAGGCGUUGGAUGAGUGCUUGUUGAACGAUAAGGAAAUGUGGCAGUGGGAAAGGAUUAUGAAAAAUCCGAAAAUGUCUCCAGCGCAAAAGGAGGGGGCAUUAAAUGAGUUGUGGGAGGACGGUUGGGAGGAGUGGCCUGACGUGGAUGUGGUCGAUGUUGAUGAGGACGAGGAUGAGGAUAAGGAUAAGGAUGAGAUGCAAGUUGAUGUCCAGAACGACGUUAGCAACAGACAGAAACGUCAAGUUAGCCAUUAUUUGGGCAAUGGACACAAGCAUCAUGGUCAUCAUCAUGGCCAUCCUCAUACUAUCCAAGCUUGA